UUUCCUCGUCUUUUUGUUCAAUUUCUUUCCCCAUUCAAAAAUUCAUAAUUUUUAUAUAUACAAAACUUAUAAAAUAUUGCUUUAUCACUCACCUCAGCCAUCAUCAUCACUCUCUCUUUCUCAAACUACAAUCUUCAGACAAGAACAAGAAAACCCAUGCCUAGUUUGAGUAUUCUGUGCUUAAUUUUAUUUUUUACACUAUUACCACAUACAAUUCUGUCAAAACUUGAACCUGUGGAAGCUUUACUUAACCGUUUGGAGUCUAAACUCUCAUCUUCAUCGGUUCAAGAGUCAGCAGCCAAAGCCGUCUUGCAGAGAUUGCUUCCCACCCAUGUACAUAGCUUUGACUUCAAAAUUGUCUCCAAGGAUGUUUGUGGGGGACAGAGUUGCUUCUUGAUAGAUAAUAACAAGCGAUCUAUCCAGAAUGAUCCUAAAAUAAUGAUUAGAGGGACCACUGGAGUUGAAAUCACAUCCGGCCUCCAUUGGUACAUCAAAUAUUGGUGUGGUGCUCAUGUUUCAUGGGACAAGACUGGUGGCAUUCAGAUAGCAUCUGUUCCCAGUCCAGGUUCAUUGCCACUCGUAAAAGAUAAGGGUGUGAGGAUUCAACGGCCAGUACCAUGGAACUAUUACCAAAAUGUUGUUACCUCCAGUUAUUCAUACGUUUGGUGGGAUUGGGAGAAAUGGGAGAAAGAGAUAGACUGGAUGGCUCUUCAAGGGAUUAACCUGCCCUUGGCAUUUACUGGGCAAGAAUCCAUUUGGCAAAAGGUUUUUAUGAAUUUUAACAUUAGCAAGGAAGAUUUGAAUGAUUUCUUUGGUGGACCUGCCUUCCUUGCUUGGGCACGUAUGGGAAACUUGCAUGGAUGGGGUGGGCCUUUAUCGCAAAAUUGGUUAAAUCAACAACUGCUUUUGCAGAAACAGAUACUAUCUCGGAUGCUGGAGCUGGGCAUGACUCCUGUUCUGCCAUCAUUCUCAGGGAACGUUCCAGCAGCCUUAAAGAAGAUCUUCCCUUCAGCAAAGAUAACCAGACUUGGGGAUUGGAACACUGUGGAUGGUAAUCCUAAGUGGUGCUGCACUUACCUUCUUGAUCCCACUGAUCCAUUAUUUAUCGAAAUAGGAGAGGCCUUUAUCAGGCUACAAGUCGCAGAAUAUGGGGAUGUGACAGACAUCUACAAUUGUGAUACAUUCAACGAAAAUUCUCCACCUACAAAUGAUCCAAAAUUUAUUUCAUCGCUUGGAGCUGCAGUGUAUAAAGCGAUGGCCAAGGGUGAUAAAGAUGCUGUGUGGUUAAUGCAAGGUUGGCUCUUCUACUCAGACUCUGCUUUCUGGAAGCCACCCCAAAUGAAAGCACUUUUACACUCUGUUCCAGUUGGGAAAAUGAUAGUUCUUGAUCUAUUUGCUGAUGUCAAACCAAUAUGGAAAACUUCCUCUCAAUUUUAUGGUACCCCUUAUGUCUGGUGUAUGUUGCAUAAUUUUGGGGGAAAUAUUGAAAUGUAUGGCAUAUUGGACGCAAUUUCUUCAGGUCCAGUUGAUGCUCGUGUCAGUGAAAAUUCAACCAUGGUUUAUGUGCAAAUGUGUCGAAUUCAAUUAUCUCACAUGAUUAGAGGGACCACUGGAGUUGAAAUCACAUCCGGCCUCCAUUGGUACAUCAAAUAUUGGUGUGGUGCUCAUGUUUCAUGGGACAAGACUGGUGGCAUUCAGAUAGCAUCUGUUCCCAGUCCAGGUUCAUUGCCACUCGUAAAAGAUAAGGGUGUGAGGAUUCAACGGCCAGUACCAUGGAACUAUUACCAAAAUGUUGUUACCUCCAGUUAUUCAUACGUUUGGUGGGAUUGGGAGAAAUGGGAGAAAGAGAUAGACUGGAUGGCUCUUCAAGGGAUUAACCUGCCCUUGGCAUUUACUGGGCAAGAAUCCAUUUGGCAAAAGGUUUUUAUGAAUUUUAACAUUAGCAAGGAAGAUUUGAAUGAUUUCUUUGGUGGACCUGCCUUCCUUGCUUGGGCACGUAUGGGAAACUUGCAUGGAUGGGGUGGGCCUUUAUCGCAAAAUUGGUUAAAUCAACAACUGCUUUUGCAGAAACAGAUACUAUCUCGGAUGCUGGAGCUGGGCAUGACUCCUGUUCUGCCAUCAUUCUCAGGGAACGUUCCAGCAGCCUUAAAGAAGAUCUUCCCUUCAGCAAAGAUAACCAGACUUGGGGAUUGGAACACUGUGGAUGGUAAUCCUAAGUGGUGCUGCACUUACCUUCUUGAUCCCACUGAUCCAUUAUUUAUCGAAAUAGGAGAGGCCUUUAUCAGGCUACAAGUCGCAGAAUAUGGGGAUGUGACAGACAUCUACAAUUGUGAUACAUUCAACGAAAAUUCUCCACCUACAAAUGAUCCAAAAUUUAUUUCAUCGCUUGGAGCUGCAGUGUAUAAAGCGAUGGCCAAGGGUGAUAAAGAUGCUGUGUGGUUAAUGCAAGGUUGGCUCUUCUACUCAGACUCUGCUUUCUGGAAGCCACCCCAAAUGAAAGCACUUUUACACUCUGUUCCAGUUGGGAAAAUGAUAGUUCUUGAUCUAUUUGCUGAUGUCAAACCAAUAUGGAAAACUUCCUCUCAAUUUUAUGGUACCCCUUAUGUCUGGUGUAUGUUGCAUAAUUUUGGGGGAAAUAUUGAAAUGUAUGGCAUAUUGGACGCAAUUUCUUCAGGUCCAGUUGAUGCUCGUGUCAGUGAAAAUUCAACCAUGGUUGGUGUUGGCAUGUGCAUGGAAGGGAUAGAGCAAAACCCGGUUGUUUAUGAGUUAAUGUCUGAAAUGGCUUUCCGCAACAAAAAAGUUAAAGUGCUGGAAUGGCUGAAGACGUAUGCCCAUAGGCGCUAUGGUAAAGCUGUUCAUCAAGCGGAGGCAGCUUGGGAAAUUCUUUAUCGCACAGUUUACAAUUGUACAGAUGGAAUUGCUGACCAUAACAUUGACUUCAUAGUUAAAUUUCCAGAUUGGAAUCCAUCAUCAGGAUCUCACAUAUCAAAACAAAACCAGAUGCCAGUGACCCUCACACUGCCAGGACCUAGAAGAUACUUAUCCCAAAAAAAAAGCUCUCAAUCGCCUCAGGCUCAUUUAUGGUAUUCGACUCAGGAGGUAGUCAAUGCUUUACAAUUGUUCAUUGAUGCUGGAAAUGACCUAGCUGGUAGUUCCACAUAUAGAUAUGACUUGGUAGACUUAACACGACAAGUAUUGUCAAAGCUAGCAAACAAAGUGUACUCAGAUGCUAUGGUUGCUUACCGAAAGAAGGAUGGCAAAGCUUUUAGUCUUUGUACCCAAAAAUUUCUUCAACUCAUUAAGGAUACUGAUGUACUACUUGCUUCCAAUGAUAACUUUCUACUUGGAACAUGGCUUGAAAGUGCAAAAAAGUCGGCUUUAAAUCCUAGUGAAACGAAACAGUAUGAGUGGAAUGCGAGAACACAAGUGACAAUGUGGUAUGAUACCAACAAAACCAUGCAGAGCCAGCUUCAUGAUUAUGCAAACAAAUUCUGGAGUGGGCUAUUAGAAGAUUACUAUCUUCCCCGAGCUGCAACAUAUUUCGGUUAUUUGUCGAAAAGCUUGAGAGAUAAUGAAGAAUUCAAGUUGGAGGAAUGGAGGAAAGAAUGGAUAUCCUUCUCAACCAAUUGGCAAGCAGGUACAAAUCUUUACCCAGUCAAGGCCAAAGGAGAUUCCCUUGCUAUUUCUAGAUCAUUAUAUGAUAAAUAUUUCGGUCAAUACUCAAAUGAGCCAUGAUAAACUAAAGAACUGAUUAGGGAGUUUUCAUAAAAUUGUUUGUAAUAAUAUCACCCUUCCUAAAGUUUAUCGUCGGCACAAAUAUUUUAUUUGGAUCAAACACAGCUUUAAAAGGAAUUAGCAGUGAAUGUGGCCUAAAUGUACUGGUUUGAGUGCUCUAUGACUCCAUUAAAGAACUUUGGUUCCAUCCCGUUCAUUGUAGAAAGGAAUUUUCU